AUAUAGCUACAUUAAUUUACCACUUGACUUGUUCCAAAUUACUAGCGUUGAAUCUCUUUUUUUCAUCAUCAUCAUAACAAACAUCUCACACAAAAUUUACUCUCUCAAAACCCAAAUGCAACCAAGCUCUUACUCUCUGAUCCGAAUAAUCCGAAACAGGUAUUAACCCCCAAAACCUCAUUUUACAACUAAUUAUUAUUAACAUAUGUUAAUUAAUAAUUAUAAUUAAUCUCUGAUCGAUCGAUCAGUCAAACUACAAAUAAAUAUGCCUUUAUCAAAUUCCACCAUCACCGCCGCCACCGCACAACCGCGUUCCGUUCUCCCUUCCGGCCACCAUUAUUCCAACAUCCCAAGCUUCCGAAACACCCUCACAUGGUUCAUUCUCCUCACUUGCAUUCUCUACAUUCUCUAUUCCUCCAAUCUCAUCCUCACCGCCCGCCACCACACCUGUCCCACCACCGCCGCCACCGUACACGAAGAAGACGAUCUCGAAUCCCUCCCCACCAACCUCUCCUCAAAAAUAUCCAAACCCGAAACAUUUCUACAGGACGAACAGCAACACGAGAAAUAUAAAGGCGUCAACAAAAAAGCCGCCGGUGCCCUAACUCCAACGGAGCUAAAACACGUAGUUUUCGGGAUCGCGGCCUCGUCCAAGCUAUGGAACAAGCGAAAAGAGUACAUCAAGGUGUGGUGGAGGCCGAAAGAGACGAGGGGUUUCGUUUGGAUGGACAAGAAGGUAAGGACGAGUUGGCGGGACCAGGCGGUGCUGCCCGAGAUUAGAAUCUCGGGCGACACGUCGCGGUUUAAGUACACUAACCGACAGGGUCAGAGAUCGGCGGUGAGGAUAUCUAGGGUGGUUUCGGAGACGGUUAGGAUGGGUAUGAAGGAUGUGAGGUGGUUUGUUAUGGGUGAUGAUGAUACGGUUUUUGUUGUUGAGAAUUUGGUUAGGGUUUUAUCGAAAUAUGAUCAUAGGGAGUUUUAUUAUGUGGGGAGUUCUUCGGAGAGUCACGUACAGAACAUUUAUUUUUCUUAUGGUAUGGCUUAUGGUGGUGGUGGAUUUGCUAUAAGUUAUCCUUUGGCUGUUGAAUUGGAGAAGAUGCAAGAUCGUUGUAUUCAGAGGUAUCCUGGGUUGUAUGGGAGUGAUGAUCGUAUGCAGGCUUGUAUGGCUGAGCUUGGUGUUCCUCUUACUAGAGAACCUGGUUUUCAUCAGUACGAUGUGUACGGAGAUCUAUUAGGACUUCUAGGAGCACAUCCAGUAACACCACUUCUCUCACUCCACCACAUAGACGUAGUCGAGCCAAUAUUCCCACGCACCACACGAGUCAAAGCACUCCAACAACUAUUCCAAUCGGUCAACCUAGACUCAGCCAGCAUAAUGCAACAAUCAAUUUGCUACGACAAGCGUCGAUCCUGGUCGAUCUCAAUUUCAUGGGGCUACGUUGUUCAAAUCUUGAGGGGUGUGGUCUCACCAAGAGAGCUAGAAAUGCCCACAAGAACAUUCCUGAAUUGGUACCCAAGAGCUGAUUACACUGCCUAUGCUUUCAACACUAGGCCUGUUACCAAACACCCUUGUCAGAAACCUUAUGUUUUUUACAUGAACACAGUUCGAUAUGAUCGUGGUUCAAAGAGAGAAAUGGUUGGGGUUUAUGGUAGGGAUCGUAGAACAAAACACCCUUAUUGUCGGUGGAAGAUGGAAUCUCCUGAGAGAAUUGAUUCCAUUGUUGUAUUCAAAAAGCCUCAUUCUCAACGUUGGCAAAAGUCACCAAGAAGAGAUUGUUGUAGAGUUCUACCAUCAACUAAAAAAUCAACAAUGUAUUUAUGGGUAGGAAGUUGUCGAGGAGGAGAGAUUAGUGAAUUGUAACAAUGUAUUUAAUUUUAUAUUAUCAACCCAAGAAAGAGUCAAAUUCAUAUAUAUUCAUUCAUUUAUUGAAUUCAUCCAAGAAAUUCAAAAAAACUAGCACAAGUCCCAAUUUGGGCAUUAUUACAACUCUAUUGUAUUGUAUUAUUUGUACACAAUUUUGAAAAGAAGAAAAAAAAAAGAAUUAAAAGAAGAAAAAUCUCUUGAGAAA